AGAGAUAGAGAUAUAUAGAGGGAAAGAGAAAGAGAGCGAGAGAGAGAGAGAUAGAGAGAGAGAGAGAGAGAGAGAAAAAGUGAGAGAGAGAGAGAGAGUGAGUGAGAUAAAUAGAUAGAUAGAUAGAUAGACAGAUAGAAACACGCUACUAGGUUUUCUUUACCAGAUCCUGAAGAAAAUAGUUGAAUUAUAAAAAAUUAUUAUCGCCGGGAAAGAAAAAAUCGUGAGAGAUCUCUUCAGCUUUUGUUUGUGCGAAAGGAAGUAUCGAAAAAGUUUUUUUUCUCCAUUUCCUUUUGUUUCCAUCUUGUUUUUAUUUGUUGUUAUUAUUUUUCUUUUCUCUUUUUUUUUCUAUGUUUUUUUUUUCUUUUUUUUUUUUUCUUUUCUUUUUUUGAUUAUCAACGUACCUACCUACCGUCGGUCAAUCUUACUCGUUUUACGAAUAACACGUCAAAGUUUGUUCACAGUAAAAAUCAUUUUUAAAUGUAGAUUUUCAAUUUUUCUUUUCAAAAUCCAUCCUCCCACCUACCGCACCUAUUCAAAUCUCCUGCGUAUAUAUCUAUCCUGAUUUUCUACAUUUCGAUAACAGUGAUUGUAUGUAGUGAAUGUACAAAGAAGAAAAAAUAAAAAAAGAAAUAAAAAAAAAAAAGAAAAAAAAAGAAAGAGAAAAUUUAUUAAAAAAGAAAACUAGUGAAAAUUAAGUGACAAUUUGUGUACCAUAUAUAGAACAAUUUGUGUAUCAUAUAUAGAAUAUAUAUGUAUGUGUAUGUAUAUAUAUAUAUAUAUAUGCAGUAACAAUAUGUAUACGUAUAUAUAAUCGAAUUCUUCCAUGAAGUUUUCUUUUAACAAUCGUGAAUAUUUGUGUACUGUAUAAACGUAAAUCACGAUUUAACUGUGAAUUCAUCUUCUCGAAGAUUUCUCAAAAGAUUGUGUGAAAAUUUCUUCGUUUAUCCAUAAUACCGAAUGACAAUUUGAGUGAAUCCUUCUCGAAGAUCUGUCCUUUUUUUUUCUCUCAAAGAAGAAUAAGAAGACGAAGAAGAAGAAAAAGAAAUAUAUAUAUAUAUAUAUAUAUAUCGAAGUUAUUGACAGAGAUUUUGUUUAAUCGACGAAAUUACUCGACAUAUAACAAACAAUUCAGAUACUAACUAGUCGUGAGAAUGACAUCACUCGGAUAGUUCAACCUUUGUCACAUCUCUCAUUGGACGAUAUGCGAAAGUUACUUUUUCGUUGGACUGUACGUUGCUAAGCCUGCUUGACUCCUACCAAGAUUAAGGUGUUUUUGAGGGAGUCGAGUGAAAUAGAGAAUGACGGAUAGCCAGCAGCAGUUUUGCUUGCGGUGGAACAACUUUCAGGCGAACAUCACGAGCCAGUUCGAGGCGUUGCGAGACGAUGAGGACUUCGUCGACGUUACAUUCGCCUGCGAUGGCAGGCGACUUCAGGCUCACAAGGUCGUCCUAUCCGCUUGCAGCCCUUACUUCAAGGAGUUGUUCAAGACCAAUCCUUGCAAACAUCCAAUAAUUUUUAUGCGGGAUGUGGAAUUUGAACAUUUACAAUCACUGCUGGAGUUCAUGUAUGCUGGUGAAGUAAACAUUUCACAAGCUGAAUUGCCUACUUUUCUACGUACAGCUGAAUCUCUACAAAUCCGUGGUCUCACCGACUCUCAGAGUAGUCAGCACAACAACGAAAAGCACUUGAAAACGAAUAAUGUUCACGCAUCAAAUGGCCGUGGUCUGAUCUCACCGAGUUUGGACGAUGAGCGCAGUAAAACACCACCACCAUCGAGCCCUCCACCAUUAAAAAGGCUGUGUAAAAGAAGUGAUUCACCUCAAAUCUCUAGUCCAACACCUACUGUGACGCCUUGUGCUAGCAGUACACCUCUCUCAAGACCGCUUAUAGAACCGCAAGUUCAGCUUGACUGUUAUAAGGAUAUUGAUAUUGUGGAGCCAAAAGUAGAACUACCUGAAUAUGGCAGCGAUGACGAUUGCUCAUCAAAACAAGAAGUUAACACGUUACCUGGUGGUUUCCUUAGUUUGGAUGGUGGUAUGGAAGUGUUACCUACAUAUCCACCAUCUUAUCAAGGAACCAGUAUGGAAGGUGGUAUGCCUGGACCUUCACAUGGGAACAAUGAGCUGAAUCAAGAGCAGCAAGCUGACCUGCGUAAACUGCACUCGCUGGACCCACGCCCCUGUCCUGUGUGCAACCGCAUGUACAGUAACUUGUCCAACCUGCGGCAGCACAUGCGCCUCAUCCACAACCCUCAGAGUGUCACAUGCCCUCUAUGUAACAAGCCCUUCAAGACCAAGCUGUACCUCAAACGUCACCUGGUCAGUUUCCACGAACUCAGUGUGGCGGACAGGCAACGCCAGGAGGAAAUCUACCAUCAUCAGGUUAAAGUUCAGGUUCAAGGACAGGGUCAGGCACAGGUUCAGGGUGGAGCUCAGGCUCAAACACAGACACAAGUUCAGGCUCAAACACAGGCUCAAAUUCAGGCUCAAACGCAAGCUCAGGUGGAUAACAAAGUGCUCUUGACCGCUUCUGCUCCGCUCUCUCGUCUUCCCGCAGAAGAUAGCGGGGGGAGCGGAAGUGGAAAUAUUGUAGAACCAAAGCUGAGAGCAUACCAGGCACAGGCUGGUGAUAAUUCUUAUUCCGUAGAGGUUGCCCAAAUUGGUGAUACGAAACAUUUUGCAAGCGGAAUAUUGCAAUUCGAUGCUUCGUAUCACUAAUGUAUAGGUUUUUAUUUAUUUUUAUUGUAUUUCCCAGUAUCAUUUUGUGAUAUAGCGUGCGAUGAGUCAAGUUUAAAUUUAUUAUUUAGUGAACUUGUGAUUCAAUAGGAAACGUAAUCUUUACAGUUGAUCGACAAGUAUAGAUAGAAAUAACGUUACGAUACAAGGCUGAUUCUGUAUUUAGGUGAUCGGAAACUGUGCAGGAUGAGGCACGGGUGUAACACAUAAUUCGAAAUUAUUUAAAAACGUACGGAAUUGCAAUACAAAUCGAGAAAGUGCGUUGUCGUCGAAUGCAACGGAUCUGCAUACUACACAUUUAUUUUCUGUGCGUACAGAAAAAGUUUAUAUAGAUCGUAUCUAACUCGACUAUCAUCGAUACGAAUAUUAAACCGUGUACAUAGGUUUGGGAGACUAGUUUACAUAUAAUGUCCCGUGCCUAUUCAUCAUAAAGAUGAUGAACGUUAAUAAGGGGGAAAUGAGUAAAAAAAAUAUGCCGUAGGUGGAGCAGCCAUCCCACCUCGUACUGAUAAUUCUGCAGCCGGAUACUUGUUGUUUUAUUUAAUGCUAUACAGUGUUAUACAGACUACAGAUAUUUACAACAAUAUUAUAUUCUUACAGAGAAUUAUAUUUACUUUAUUAUUGCAGCGCAAUGUGCAAUGACAUAGCUCGUACAUGAUAUAUUUUUCACAUGCAUACAUUGCAAUAUACAGCCAAUCGACAGCUCAACAGAGUAAUAAUAUUUAUUAUUAACAGUUAUCAACAAACCGUGAUCGCAACUAUGCAGCAGAUUGAAUUAAACAAUAUAUAAUAAGGGGGCAUUGUGUUUGUGCUGGUUUUUUUCUCUUAUGUAGUUUGGAGAGGAUUAUUAUUUUCUUUAUGUAUAUAUAUAUAUACACAUACAUAUAUAUGCAUAUAUGUACAUAUAUAUGCAUACAUACAUAUAUAUGC